AUGUCGCCCAUAUUAUUCCCUAAAGAGUUGAAGCAAUAUCAAAAUGCUUCAAGUGAUUCUUCUUCAAGUUUGGAUAGUCCAUAUAAUCGUAAUGAAUUUUAUAUGGUAACCGACGUGUUGAUAAUCAUGUUUACAUUAAGCUGUCUGGGGAAUUUGGCCGUAAUUUACAGAACAUACAAACAAUGGAAGUUUGAUAAAACUAGCUUGAAGAUGGCUCAUAAACUGCCAUUUUACACUUCUUGCUCAGGCUUAAUCGAAAAUGGGUUAUUUUUGAUAAAUAUCAUACAUACUUCUAUGUAUGCAAGUGUAUUUGAGGACCCGGCAUGCAAAUUAAUCAGCUUUGUAAUCUGGGCCCUUAUUACAAUCAGCUUAUCUUUAUAUUCUGUUAUGGCCGUGGCAACAUAUCUCCGAAUUUGUCAUAAUUAUGAUAGAAUCUUACGUUUUGGCAAAUACGACUAUCGACUAUGGUCAAACGUAUCCUUGAUAUCUGUGAUGUUUCAACUGGUUAACAUACGAAACCAUGGUUCACGUAAAUAUUGGUGUGCAGGAAAAUCCGGAAAAUUCUCCACUUCCAUUUUAUUAUUUGUAUUAAUAACAAUAUCGUUGGUAGUAAUCCUCUAUUGUUAUUUGAAAAUACUAAGAAAGAUAAAUCAUACUUGUAAAAAUGAACAACUAAUUAAACACGGAGAGUUUGAGAAGAAGGCUACUAAUAAGGUCAUCAGUUACAUGAUCAUAUUUGUUCUUCAAUGGGUUUUUAUACAAGCUCAGAAUUUGGGAAGAUUGUUCGGUGUUGAGCACCCUUGGAUCUAUAUCAUAAAAGGACAUGCAAUAGGAGCGACCGGUAAUGUGGUUCAAUUAAUUAUAAAUGAAGGCUGGGACCCUUAUAAAAAAAAUGUUACAAAGGAUAAUAAAGUUAAUAAUGUGACUUUUGAGGAUGGUCAUUCGGGUUUAAAUAGUUUAGAUACGAAUAUCAGCCGAGUUUGA